GGAAAUUCGAAAGUUGUAUGUUUGGUUUAGCAGUUGUAUCGACAGCAGUAGCCUAUUUCAGAAAAGCUGUUCUAAAUAGACGAGUUAUGCUCAGAAUUCAAAAACAAUUAUACAACUACGCGUAGAAAUAAUUAUUAACCGAUCAUGACGACGAUAUACGUUAAAAUAUUGAAAAUAGAUGGUACCUGUGUAACCUGCUGCAUAGAAACAGCGGUGUUACUUUUUAUUUACAAAUACCUGCAGUAUGAAAACGAUGGAAUUCUACCAUUAUAUUUCAUCAUUGAUCCGGAAUUGGAAGAACAAGAAACUGUCGUCGUUGACGUCAGCGAUAUUAAUUUUCAAUGUAAAACUGACGAUUUUACUGAUGUAUCUUUGAAAAAUUGUCACUUACCCAUUUAUUCUUUGAACGAGCAUUACAGUAUUUGUGGAUUUUGUGCAGUGAUACGCGAAAUGAUCAAAACAUUCGAAGUCUAUCAGUGGUUACUUGGUUUCAGAGGAGCUUGUCUUUCAGUUUGUGCGGAAUUUUCCAUUUGGACCAAAUUCUGCGAAGUUGAUUUAAUAGAAGCAGUUAGAAGUAUUCUAGUCCGUUCCAGUGCGACGAUACCCAAAGAUUUGAUUCGAUUGGAAUAUCACCUACUGCAGCCUGUGCGAACGCAUAAUAUUCGAAAAAUGGCAUCUUUAUACGCCAAGAAGAAUGGGAAUGUUGAGAAAGACGGCGCUACUAUUGAGCAUUGUUUUGUUGAGGGAGCGGAGUUGUUGAUUUCUGAUUUAAUCGUAUUUCCUCUAAUUCACAUUUCAUUCGCGUUGUACGGUAUCGAGAAUUUGCGAUCAUUAAUACCGUUAACGUGUAAGUGGUAUGAAUUGAUGUGUUCGCAGGAAAAAAUAUCGCUGUGUGCGAAAAUUUUAUCAAUACAAAAGUCGUUUGCUGUUCUACCGCUUAGUAUACCAACUGUGAAAAAAGAAAGCAUGUACAAAUGUGAUCCCAAACGAUAUAAUCCUGACAGAAGAUAUUUCACGAAACAAGAAAAAAUUGACAAAGUUUUAAAGAUAGUUGAUUCAAUGGAUGUUCUAAAAAAUCGCGAUUAUCACGAUAAUUCGAUAUUGUAUGAAAAUUUUACGUGGAAUGAUGUACCACAUGAUGCGAAUCCAAAAGGAGGCGAUCUUCCCGAUACUAGACUAUCCAGAAAACAACAUCAGAUAGAAAAUAUCGUGAAAGCAGCUUUAAAGAUUGUUGGAAAAAAUGAUAUCGUAGUUGACUUCUGUUGUGGAGGAGGACACAUAGGAAUUUUACUAGCGUACUUAUUGCCGAGCUGUUCAGUUAUAUUGCUAGACUAUAAAGAAUUUUCAUUGAAGAAAGCAUACGACAGAAUAAAACGUCUGGAACUGAAAAAUGUGCAUAUAAUUCAGUCGAAUAUUGAUUAUUUCAAAGGAGAUUUUCAGCUUGGAGUUAGUCUGCACGCUUGUGGUGUGGCUGCCGAUCUUGUAAUCAAUAAAUGCAUUGAAAGUCGAAGUAAAUUUGUGGUGGCUCCGUGCUGUUACGGAAAAGUACAGGAAAAUCACGUACUUCAUUACCCAAAAAGUAAACUCAUGUAUGAUUCUGUAUCACUUCAAGAUUACUUGGUAUUGGGACAUAGCGCCGAUCAGACUCAUAAAGAUGAAUAUUCAAAAUCAGAUCAGGGUGAAAAAUGCAUGAAAAUAAUAGACGCUGACCGUUGCUUUCACGCUGAAGAAAAUAAUUACCGCGUCUAUCUUGCAAAAAUGAUUCCUGUAACGUGUUCUCCGAAGAAUAAUUUUAUAGUUGGUAUACCCGAGUGAUAUAGUUCAUCUGUGAUGUAAAAUUUAAUUAAUGUCCUGUUGAGUUGUUUUGUUUUUGUACCACUAUCAAAUUCUGAUUUUUCUCUAAAUUAAUACAAUUUUUCUGCAUAA